AUGACGCAACUUCCUUUUCAACAGAGGAACCGCGUCGUCGGUGAUGCACCACGGGUCGUUGUCGCUUUCUUCACCUUCGAACAAGACGACAUCCCGGCCAACAUCAACACCACCCGCAUCUUCAUCGGCAUCCGCGACAACGACCGUAUCUGCAUCUACAUCCGCAUCCGCGAAAACGUCCGCAUCCACAUUUGCAUCCACUCCGCAUCCACUUUUGCUUUCGCUUUGUCACCUACAUCCGCAUCUGCCGUCACUCCUGCAGGCAUAUCCUCCAUCGCCGACGUUGUCGCUCCCGUAGGCACAUCCUCCGCUGUCGCCGCCGUAGGGGCUUGCACCGUCACAUGCGCCGCCGCAUCAGCAUCCUCACGAUCAGCAUCCGCAUCCGCGCCUCCGUCGAUGUCCGAGUCACCGGCGUUCCACUCUUCCAGUUCGUCGUCGGAGCCAAUCGGCUGA